CGCCUAGCAGUUGUUGGGUGAGUGGCAAAGGCAAAGGCAAAUGCAAAAGCAAAAGUGAAUUUCGAGAAUCCGAAGCAGCAAUAUGCAAAAUUAAUGUGCGCUACGCACGUUGUUUGCCGUUAACGUUAACGCAAUGCAAGCCACAUCCACUGCGAUCGCAAGCGCAUAACACAUAAGUUCACUUAUCACACGCAUCUCGAUUUGGAGUUUGGAGUUGCUGCGAUUCGCAAGUCUGUAUAUUUAUUUUUCUGUGUGUUAGUUUGCGGAAAGUAAAAGUGGCUACCGCUGCCACUGCCUCUGUCGCCGCCUACCCCUGCCGCUGCCUGCCUAUGUAUUUGUGUUUGUAACACAUAUUUGCACAUAUAUGCAUGUUUCGGUGGAUGUGUGUGUGUGUGGUUGUGUGUGCGCGCGCGAAUGUUUGAGUGUCAAAAGAAGUUGCAAAAAUACAAAAGUUACGCAAAAGCACAGUUAAGUUGUGUAAAAUCAUAAUCAUAACAAAAACAAAAACAACAACAUCAGCAGCAGCAGCAGUAGCGUCGUGUGUGUGUGUGUGUGAGCUUACCGGGCGGGCGCAGCAAUGAGCGAGAAUAACGGCACAAUCACAGCUGCCAAUGGACCGCGCGUCGUUACCAUCUACAAGACGGAAACUGGCUUCGGUUUCAAUGUGCGCGGACAGGUGUCCGAGGGCGGCCAAUUGCGUUCGAUUAACGGUGAAUUGUACGCCCCCCUACAGCACGUUAGCGCUGUGCUUGAGAACGGCGCCGCCGAGAAGGCGGGCAUCAAAAAGGGUGAUCGCAUACUCGAGGUCAAUGGCGUCAGCGUGGAGGGUGCCACACACAAGCAGGUGGUGGAUCUGAUCAAAUCUGGUGGGGAUUGCUUGACCCUAACGGUGAUAUCUGUGACACAGCAGGAAGCCGAUAGACUGGAGCCGCAGGAGGAUCAAAGCGGCUACUCCUACAUUGACUACUCCGACAAGCGCUCCUUGCCCAUUAGCAUACCCGACUACACCAUUGUGAAUCGGAAUGGGGAACGUUACAUUGUGUUCAACAUCCAUAUGGCCGGACGGCAGCUGUGCUCGCGUCGAUAUCGAGAAUUUGCCAAUUUGCAUUCGCUGCUCCGCAAGGAGUUUAGCGGCUUCAAUUUUCCCAAGCUGCCCGGCAAGUGGCCAUUCCAACUGAGCGAACAGCAGUUGGACACACGUCGACGUGGCCUCGAACAGUAUCUGGAGAAGGUGUGCGCUGUGCGUGUCAUCGCUGAGAGCGAUGCGGUCCAGGAUUUUCUAACCGAUACCGAAGAUGAUAUAUCCGCAUCGCCAGUGGACAUUAAGGUGAUGCUGCCCGAUCAUGAGGUCACCAGCGUAUCGGUGAAGAAAUCAUCCAAUGCUCAGGUCGUCUGGGAGAUACUGGUGCAGCGCGCCAAUCUCACAGCGUACACGCAACAAUAUUUCUAUCUGUUCGAAAUAGUCGAAUACAAUUUUGAGCGCAAGCUGCAGCCGCACGAGAUACCCCAUCAACUGUAUGUUCAGAAUUAUAGUACCGCCUCCUCGACAUGCCUCUGUGUGCGACGCUGGCUCUUCUCCGUUGGCAAGGAGCUGACGCUGCCCGAUGGCGAGCAGGCGGCACGGUUCAUCUUCUAUCAGGCCGUCGAUGAGGUGAAUCGCGGCAAUAUCAGAGCCGAUGGCCGACUCUAUGAACUGAAAGCGCUGCAGGAUGCCAAAAAGGCCAACGACUAUUUGGCAUUGGCACGCACACUGCCCGGCUACGGUGAUGUUGUCUUUCCACACUGCUCCUGUGAUAGUCGCAAGGAUGGUCAUGUUGUACCCGCCGUGGGAAUGAAGAGCUUUCGUCUGCACGCCUGCCGCGAGGACGGCUCGCUGGAGGCGCAAAUGGUCGAGCUAACAUGGGAUAGCAUAACGCACUCCGAAAGCGAUGAGGAGUCCAUGUCAUUUUGCUUUCAGUACAAUCGUCCAGAUAAGCCAGCACGUUGGGUCAAAGUCUACACGCCAUAUCACGCAUUUCUUGCGGACUGCUUUGAUCGGAUAAUGGAGGAGCGCAAAUGGGAAGACAGCGGUGAUUAAGAUGCACUCUUGCAACAGGCUCAUUAACCGCAUUAUAUAUGUAUAUAUAUAUAUUGCAAUCUAAUCAUCUCAACAACAUCACAGCGAACGACCCAAUACAGUCUUACACACACAAACACACACACACACAUUAAAUACACGCAAAUUUUGAGUUUUGAUUUAUUGUUUAUCCAAAUUUCCUGUGUUAUUUAUCAACCUAUUCACAUACAUAACUUUUGUGUUGUGUUUUGUUGUGCGGUCAACUCAAAAGUCGUAUGCCUCUUUUUGUAACCGGGUCCGUUUCCGCUUCUGUAACCGUUUCGGCAUAAAUUUAAGCAACACAAGAACACCCAUUUGGCACAGAUAGAUAAAGCUACAACAUACACAAUGCCCAGACCCCCACAUACAUAUUAAAAUUUAAGUGCUAUAUCUUAUGUAUAUUGUAAAAUAUAUUAACUAUGAUAUUUGUAAAUGAUGCGAUUGAUUAUAUAUACAUAUAUACACAUACAUAUAGGGACAGGCAAUGGGUUCA